CAUUUCCGACGUUGAGGCGUCGAUUCAUCCGCGGAUCCGACACGGAAUCCAUAGAAAUGGAGAGACUCCUGUUAGAUUCUUCGCUGGAAUUUCUACAGAUCCUCGCAGUUUGAUUGCCCUGAUAAUCAGCAGCACAUUCCCAUCCAAACUCCAGAGACGUCUAAAGUUUAUUUGGAAUCUCUCGCCGGAGUGGAUGUUUGCCAAGCAUCUCAAAUUGUGUCUCCAUUCGAUUUUUCCGAUGAUGAAAAUCCGCCAAACGCUCAGCGCCGGCAUUGAGCCCCAAUUGGAUGAACCGGAAAGCCCGCCGAGAAUGAACGACGUUAUUGAUUGGAAAACUUGGAAAACAGAAACUCCUCGUCGUAAUCCCAGCUUUAAUCGUCAAGUAGCCGCGACAGUUGCACCGAAAUCGCCUCUAAUUCGUCAUCAUCAUCACACUGGAUCUGGAGAUGGAUGCAAUUCCAUUUGUGAAUAUAUCUCCGAAUCGGCUUCAACAAUCACCGACUCCUGCCGCCUCGUCGCCUCGGAACGAGUCACCUACAUCGACCAACCCGUCCCCCCAUCCGAAUAAUUUAUUUUUUUAAUUUAUUUUUUCAAAUUGUAUUUUAUUUUUUUAAAUAAUAAAAAUUUGUAUGAACUAUUAAUUGUCAUUAAUGAACCGCAAAUUUCAAAUAUAUGGCGAAAAACGGGUGAACAACUAGCUGGGCAUUUGCGCGUCUUCAUCAUUUACCGGUCCGUUUUCCGCCAGUUUUUCAUCGAAUAGCGGCUCGGGCCUUCGCCAAAGCCAUGUACCGUUUUCGCGAAAUAGCGGCCCGUCACCCGAUGAAUAUUCGCAUGACGCGGUUUACCUGUGUAUACCCCCGGCGGCGCAGGCAAGUUGAGAGGGUUAUUUUGAGACAACUGGUGGACUAAAGUGGGUGGCAUGUUGAUCCUGUUCUUUCUGUUGGGAUGUGGGUAUUUUCUAACGUCCACUCCGCUCUGAAAAGAUGACAGCAGGUGGUGUGUCGAUAUGUAUGACCCUAUGACGCUUAUUGAGCACAGUAAUCGAUAUUGCACAUCACCUACUCAACCAACCACUCAUUUUUCGUUCAUUUGUAUCUACUGCACCGUUUGUCUGUAAAUGUCGUCUGUUACACCAUUCCCUAUAUGCAAACUCCCAUUUAGUGCGCUCUCUGAAGUACUUAAUCACAUGAACACCGUAGAAAUAUUUUACCUUCUUGACACUUCGAAAAAUGCAAAGCGUGUCGUUUCAAAGUCCAUCAGAAAUUUUGAAUUUCGAAAGGAAGAUGCAAAAAAGCGAUAUUUCUGCAUCUCAUUAAUUGCAAAUCGGGAUCAUAUUGAAGUCCGUUUGAGUCGUCAAAACACAUUCUAUAUCGGAAAUAUAGAAAAUAUCGAAAAAAAAUUGAAGAGAAAAUCAAUUAUUUAAUCGAAAGCUUUGGGCCCUGUUGGUUGAUAUUGAAAAUCGAUAACAUAUACGAAGAAGAUGUUUUAUCAGUUAUACAGAUGCUUAUAACGCACCGGCUUUUGUUGGUAAAGCGUCAUUCACAGGGUAUAGCAUAUCUGAUCAAAUUUUCCAACACCUUCUAGCACUAAGACCACGCCAAUUGCUUGUUAAUGUCACAAUUCCUCACAAUUUGAGCAGAAACAAUUUGGACCAGUUUUACAAGCUUAGUGCUGACAAUAUUAGUUUAAAUCGCAUAAACGUAUCCAGUGAACAAUUGAAUCGUUUUAUCAAACAAUGGAAGACAGGUAGCGUUCUACACCAGUUUUAUGUCAGAGAAAUGGACAUCAACCUCGUGAAGUCAAUAAUUAUUGAAGACACAGAUUACACUGAGAAGUUGGCUUAUUUUUUUUGCUUUGAAAUAGUCUCAUGUGCUUUCAGAUUGAACGGUCCCGUUUCCCGAUUUCAUAUAAGGCAAACCCGUGGUUACAGAGGGGCUAGCUUCAGAAUCCAGGAUCAUUGUUUCCAGUUUUCAUA